GGUUGUUGUCUGACUGUGUAGAUCACACGGCUGUAGAUCACUGAUUUCUCCAGUGACUGCCAUUUCCUGCAGCACUGCAACAGUCUGUACAAGUAACGGAGUUAGCAGCCUCGCUCUGUCUUUCUGACUCUGGAAUCGGAAUACCCUCAACGUCGGAGAAUGUUGAUGGCACGUAGAAAUCGCUAAAAACACAAGGUCGAAAUGCAACAAAAAACAUUUGAAGAGCAACUUUCAGGAAUCGUUGCACGUCGACGACAACAAAGUCUUCUUCGCACGACACCACUACCUCCCUCACCCCCCUUGAUUGACUUUUCUUCAAAUGAUUACCUAGGACUUGCACAUGAUGCGCACCUUCACGACCGUUUUCUGUCCGCCUUGCAAAAAUCUCCACAUGCACUUGGGUCUACGGGUUCUAGGCUUUUGAAUGGAAAUUCACGGGAAGCACUAUCACUAGAAACGUUCCUUGCCGAUUUUCAUAAUGCACCUGAUGCGCUACUGUUCAAUAGUGGCUAUGAUGCCAAUCUCAGUUUAUUGAGUACUCUGCCACAACCUGACGGUGCUGUAAUUUACGAUGAACUCGUACAUGCAUCUAUGCACGACGGAAUCAAACUUGGUCGUGCAAAGUGUGCGAAAAAGUUUAAACACAAUAAUGUGGAUGCGCUCCGAGACUUGUUGACAGAGUUGUUGGUGGGUAAGGAGGGACAACACGAACGGACAUUGUGUAAAACGGCUGUUGUCGCUGUGGAGAGCUUGUAUUCUAUGGACGGGGAUAUUGCGCCUUUAGAGGAGAUUGUGCAAGUUGUAGAGGAGUUUGAUGGACGGGCUUGUUUGGUGGUCGAUGAAGCUCACUCAACAGGGGUGUUUGGUCCGCAAGGACGGGGCCUGGUCUGUGCACUCGGGCUUGAAUCAAGAGUGUAUGCCCGACUACAUACCUUUGGAAAGGCCAUUGGAAGUCAUGGUGCCGUCGUCCUCGGAUCUCCUACACUGCGAGAGUACUUGGUGAAUUAUGCACGGCCUUUGGUGUAUUCAACCAUGAUACCUUACCAUGGUCUUGUUGCCAUUCGCUGCUCAUACGAGUAUCUAAUGGAAGAGGCUGCGGGCCUUCAAACGAGGAUGACUGAACUGGUACAGGUUUUCAGACAGUCUGUCGGUACACUGCCAUCUGGAGCGGCUUUGCUGCCAUCUGAUUCUAUGAUCCAAGGUGUAGUCCUAGCAGGCAACGCACGGGUGGUGGCACUAGCGACAAAGGUUCAAGCAAAGGGUUUCGACGUGCGUCCAAUCCGCUCGCCGACGGUGCCAAAGGGUUCAGAACGUCUUCGCGUCUGCUUGCAUGCACACAAUACGCGUCAACAAGUUCUCGCCCUUGCAGCGGCGAUAAGAUGGGCAGUUGAGGAAGUGAUUGGCAGGAGUCAGGUUGCUCUUCCCAAGUUAUGAAAACGUUGAAUAGCAGAUACAGAAACUAUGUAGUAUAGAUAAGAGUUGAAGCCCAUUGCGGGCUAUCUAGAUGUAGGAUAUUUACAACAGUUUGAUCACUGCGUCCGUAACGCCCUUGGUUGUUCCUCGUCCACCAAGGUCAGGGGUCAUGGCCUGUGCUUGUUCGUUCAACACCUUAUCUACUGCCGAGUGAAUGCGGGAUGCCUCGGAAGCAAGUCCAAGGUGCUCCAGAAGCAAGGCAGCGGAGCGGAUUGCGGCAAUCGGGUUAGCAAUACCCUUGCCCGCAAUGUCUGGCGCAGAGCCGUGUACUGAAUAAAGGAUAGAUCAACAUUUGAGGCUAGAAAACUG